AUGACGACUGUGAGACUCUCCUACAUGUCGGGCGAGCUCUUGGCAGAACUCCCCGGGCUGACACCAGAAGACACGCUGGAGACCGUGAAGGCCUUGGGUGAUGAGCAUCUCCCCCUGGGAGUUUCCAUUACCUCGCUGCUGAAGCCCGCAGAUGCCAAUGAGACAGCGCUGGAAGGUGCGCAGGCCUUGGGCACGGAGGGUGUAGUGGAGCUGUCAGUGGUGACGGGAGAGCAGAUACCAGAGAGGUACGUCACCCUGGACAAUGGAGGAGAGCCCUUCCUGGUGAGCAUUUUAUCUCGGAAGGAGAAGCACUCCGUGAUGCUCUGCAAAUGGAAACAAGUAGCUGAACCAGAGGAAGGUGAACCAGAGCAGCAGAGGAUGCUUCGAAAUUAUGACAUCUCAAACCCCUUCUUCCAAGAUGCAGUGGAGAAGGUCUUCGUUGGCAAGAGUCCCUUGAACGAGAUGACGCGAUUCAGCGGGGGGCAUGGUCCACGCUUUGAUGGAAAUUCUAUCCUUCUGAAGAAGAAGGGAGGCGACUACAUUUUUGUGGGCCAUGAAGUCUAUGCAUUUCGGGCUUCGGAGAUAGUAGACUUCGUUUCUCCCGUGGGCAACAGCAGCGUUCCAUAUCCAUAUGCUGUAGAUGUGGAGGGUCGCUACAUUCUCUUCAUUGAGCAUGUCGUGAUGCCGAGACCUGGGAAGACUGGGAAGAUGGAUGAUGAUCCGUACCGGGUCUAUUAUGACAUGAGAUUCGAUCAAUGUGACUUUGAGCUGACCUACCAGAACCGCCGUAUGGGGCCGGUGGGAGCGGUUGCUGGUCGCUUUCCCGAUGGAUCCACCUUUCACAAGAUCUCUAAGGAGGGGAAGGAAGAACUCUCGCGAGAGAGGCUCCGGGACUUGGGGCUUGAGAUGAUGUCAGCCCAUGGCCUGAUGCCCUUGGAGCGACUGGAGACCUUGGCGGAGCGAAUGUAG